UUCCCGCCUUGAGUGAGAGACGCAUCGGGGAAGGGAAAAAUACCGAACGCCGCUGUCAGGUAUAAAGGACUGUGAAUCCAGUAGACAGCAUUCACUCCUCACAAGAGAAGAAGAAGAAUCAGUUCUCAUCCUACUCUGCUAUAAACAAUAUGAAGGGACUUUUGAUCAUCUGCUGUCUGACAGCUGUUGCAUUUGCACAGGAUAAAAAUGGAGGAAAUAAACGAUUCUUUGGAGGAUUAAACCAAGGUUUGGGUGGAGGUUUCGGUGGAGUUGAUCCAGGAUUUGGAGGUGGUUUUGGAGGUGGAAUUAACCCAGGCUUUGGAGGAGGAUUCGGAGGAGUUUCCAACACCUGCAGACGUUGGUGCCGAACUCCCGAGGGACAGGCAUACUGCUGCGAGAGCAACAAUGAGCCUGACACUCUUCCCUUCGUGAAGCCAGGUGUAUGCCCUCCCGUUCGCCCUCAGUGCCCACCCGUCAGGACCUUUGCCCCUCCACAGACAUGCUCCAACGACAGCAAGUGCGGAGGCGUCGACAAGUGCUGCUACGACAGGUGUCUUGAGGAGCACGUGUGCAAACCCCCAGUUGGGUCUUCCGGCUUCGGUGGAUUCGGUUUUGGAAGAUAAUUCCUGACGUUACUUUGACGAAGCUAUAUUUAAAAUUAAAAUACGAUUUUUUUGUUUACGCUCAUUAGAUGACAGAUAUCCGAUAAUAAAUAUUUAUUUUUAACACUGAA